CUUAUCAAUUUAUAAGAAAUGUUGGUCUACAAGUUGGAACAUGUAAGCGAAUGAUAAUGGAGUAGUGCCCGCCCUCUGUAUUAGUGUUAGUGGGGCAUGCUGUAAAUGCUUUAAUACGCCAAAAAGUAUACUUAUCCGUACCGAGAUUUACAUAUUUGUAGGAGCUCAAUUAUCCCAGGAAACGCAAGAGUUCGCCAAAAAUUGUCUAUGCAUUCCCUUCCUAGGCAUUUGGUACGGACUAACGGAAACUUGCGGCAGCUCGGCCACUUCAAUGGUCAAUGACCUAUCUGUGGGCCGUAUUGGUCCUCCAUUCCAGUGCUGCAAUAUCCGCUUAAUCGACUCGGACGAGGUGAAUUAUUGUGUUGAAGAUGAGCCCUACCCCAGAGGAGAGAUUUGCAUUGGGGGACCUAACGUGGCAAUGGGCUAUCUGAAAGAGGAUGAUGCAAGUCAGGCCGAUUUUUUCGAGGAGAAUGGCACCAGAUGGUUUCGAACCGGAGAUAUCGGACAGCUCGAGUCGGACGGUAGUUUCCGAAUUAUUGACAGAAAGAAGGAUUUGGUAAAAUUACCAAUGGGCGAGUACCUAAGUCUUGGGAAGGUUGAGUCCAUCUUAAAAACGUGUCCAUAUAUUGACAACAUUUGCAUUGUUGGAGAUUGCUUGAAAAACUUUUGUAUCGCGUUGAUCGUUCCCAACGAAAAAUUGAUGAUGGAAGUUGCCUUUCGUCUCGACAAAAAAGACAUUACUUGGGACCAGAUGUGUUCAGAUGGGGAAAUUGAAGCUUUCUAUCUUCAGGGAGUGCAAGAUUUUUGCAAAACCGCGAAACUACACAAAUUUGAAAUCCCUGCCGUGAUUAAAAUUUGUUCGGAAAUUUGGACCCCGGAUAAUGCUAUGAUCACGACAACGUUUAAACUUAGGAGACGCAUAGUUCAAGAGAGAUAUCAGACGGAGAUUGAUUAUAUAUAUGCACGACUGACAUAAAUUUAGCUAGUAUAAAUUUACUGGAAAGAUCCUAAUGAUAAAAACUGUACAGACAAAUAUUCUGGCAAAUCGUUUGUAUUUACGCUGUCUGACUUUAAUUAAAAUUUGUGAAGAAAUUA